AUGUCAAUUUUGCUAUGGAUUUCCCUCUCCACAAUCUUGCUAUACCUCCUCUACAAAGCCACAAAACCCUCAAAAACCCUAGCUCCCCCGGGCCCGCCUCGCCUCCCGUUGAUCGGAAACCUCCACCAAUUCCUAGCGGCCGGAAACCUACCUGCCUAUCUAUGGGAGCUCUCCAAGAAACACGGCCCCAUCGUCCACCUAGAACUCGGCUCCCUCCCCGUGGUCGUCGUCUCCUCCGCCGAGCUAGCAAAACAAGUGCUCAAAACGCAAGAUCAAUCAUUCUGCACGAGGCCCAAAUUUCUCGGGCAGCAGAGGCUCUCCUACGCCAGCAUGGACAUGGCGUUCGCGCCCUACGGCGACUACUGGCGGGAGCUGCGGAAGAUCGCCUCCGUCCACCUCCUCAGCGCGAGGAAGGUCCAAUCGUUCCGCCCCGUUCGAGAGGAGGAAGUCUCUCGCAUGAUCAACAAGAUUUCGAGCAUUUCUAGUGAGAGAGAAGGGGUCGUGAAUUUGAGUGAGAUGGCUAUCGCUCUAGGCAGCAGCUUGAUAUGCAGAAUUGCUUUUGGGAGAGGAUGCGAAGAUGGCUAUGGAGAGGCGAAGCAAUUGGGGUUUGGUGAGAUGUUGAGAGAGGCUCAAGGUGUGUUAGCGUCUUUGUCUAUGUCGGAUUUCUUUCCCUGGUUGGGAUGGGUGGAUUGGAUCAAUGGGUAUGGGAGUUGGGUGGAGAGGACUUAUAAGAAUUUGGAUGGUUUCUACCAAGAGCUUAUCAACGAGCAUCUUGAUCCGAAGAGGAAGGAGAAGGAGAAGGAUGUUGUUGAUGCAUUAAUCCAGCUUAAAGAGGAGAGGUCUCUCUCUAUCGAUUUCGACUGGCGGAGUGUCAAAGCGAUGCUGAUGAACAUAUUCAUCGGAGCAACCGAUACAAGCGCGGCGACAACGGUUUGGGUGAUGACGGCGUUGAUCAAGGCACCCAAAAUCAUGAGCAAACUCCAACAAGAAAUUCGAAAUUUAGCUGGCCAAAAAGGGAGAGUAGACGAAGACGAUCUCCCUCAACUCCCAUAUCUAAAAGCAGUCAUAAACGAGACAUUCCGAUUGCACCCUCCGAUUCCGUUGCUCAUGCCAAGAGAGGCAAUGCAGAGAUGCACUCUACACGGCUAUGAGAUCGAGCCCAAGACGGUGGUCUAUGUCCACGCGGGUGCAGUUGCAAGGGAUCCCGAGUGUUGGAAGGAUCCAGACGAGUUCGUGCCUGAGAGGUUCUUGAAUAGUGAUAUUGAUGACGUGAAAGGGCAAGAUUUCGGGUUCCUUCCGUUUGGGGCGGGGCGGAGAAUGUGCCCCGGAUCGGUGAUGGGGAUUGUGAAUGUGGAGCUUGCAGUUGCGAAUUUGCUCUACUCUUUUGAUUGGGAAACCCUAAAGGGGAUGAAGGUGGAAGAUAUUGAUGAGGAAUCUCAUCCUGGGAUUACAAUGCAUAAGAAAAGACCACUUCUUCUUGUAGCUAAGAGAUAUUCACCUUGA